AUGGCUACUCGAAUGGUUGUUUUAAGCCUCAUUUUAGCAGCUUUUCUCUUUUGCAAUCCAUCCCAAGCUUUCCCUUUUGGUCGUGGUGGCGCUGGCUACCCUGGUCUUUUCCCAGAAUUCUAUCAGUUCUCGUGCCCACAAGCUAAUGAAAUUGUCAUGUCCGUUCUGGAGAGGGCCAUUGCACAAGAUCCCCGAAUGGCAGCUUCGUUGCUCAGGCUCCAUUUUCAUGAUUGCUUUGUGCAGGGUUGUGACGCAUCAAUACUCUUAGAUGAUAGUGCAACAAUAGAAAGUGAGAAGAAUUCUGGACCAAACAAGAAUUCUAUCCGGGGAUUUGAAGUGAUUGAUGAAAUUAAGGCUAGACUUGAGCAAGUUUGUCCUCAUACAGUCUCCUGCGCAGAUAUUCUUGCCCUUGCUGCACGCGAUUCAACUGUAUUAAGUGGUGGACCGCAUUGGGAAGUCCCACUGGGGAGGAGAGACUCAAGAACAGCAAGCCUGAGUAAAUCAAACAGUGACAUUCCUGCACCAAAUUCUACCAUCCAAAACCUCAUAACCUUCUUCCAGCGCCAAGGUCUCAAUGAACAAGAUCUUGUGGCUCUUUCAGGUGGCCACACCAUAGGGGUGGCAAGAUGUGUGACAUUCAGGCAGAGGCUUUACAAUCAAAAUGGAAACAACCAACCAGACAUGACAUUGGAGAGAACCUAUUACAACGGUCUGAAAGCUGUUUGUCCUAACAGUGGAGGUGAUAAUAACAUCUCGCCCCUGGACAUUGCAUCCCCAGUCAAAUUUGACAACACAUACUACAAGCUCAUAUUGUAUGGCAAAGGCCUUCUCAAUUCUGAUGAAGUGCUUCUGACUGGAAAAGUGGCCAGGACUAUGGAAUUGGUGAAAAGCUAUGCUGCAGAUGAAUCCCUCUUCUUCCACCAAUUUGCUAAUUCUAUGAUGAAGAUGGGCAACAUUAAACCUCUUACCGGCUCGAAAGGUGAAAUUAGGAACAACUGUCGUCGCAUCAACUAAAAAAGACUUGCGUGUCUACCAUCCAAUAUUGCAGUUUGCGUUGGA